AAACUCAUAAAAUCUUGGUGUCCUACAGUCUUGAGUUCUGAACUUCGGCGCGUGAUAAUAGACUGUGUUUUUAGUCUAAAAGCUCCUGCUACUGCAAAAUACUCUGAGAAGAGUAGCUAUCAUUAAUCGUGAUUUCGCCACGUAGCUCUCGGCCCACGCUUUUGCUUGUGCCCACUGUACCUCGUCUUCAUGAAUUUGUCUUCGAUUAUGGAUCGUGAGUGGGUUCCUCCCAACUUACCGUCAAAAUGUACAUGGCAUUUAGGCAGCAAAAUUUCGGAGUCUCCUCACCAUCACGAAAGAAAAGUAAAAACGUGCAAAAUUAUGCCAAAUGUCCUUAGUGGAAUUGGUGAUACUCCGUUAGUAAGAAUUAAUCGUAUUGGAAAGAGUUACGGAUUAAAAUGUGAAAUCUUGGCAAAAUGUGAAUAUUUUAAUUCUGGUGGCUCAGUAAAAGAUAGAAUUGGAUUACGUAUGGUGGAGGAUGCUGAAAAAAAAGGAAUAUUGAAACCUGGAACCACUUUAAUCGAACCAACAUCAGGCAACACAGGAAUUGGUAUUGCUUUGGCAGCUGCUGUUAAAGGAUAUCGUUGUAUAAUUGUCAUGCCAGAGAAAAUGAGUCGAGAAAAAGUUGAUGUGCUUCGAGCUUUGGGAGCAGAGAUUGUAAGAACUCCUUCUUUGGCUGGGUAUGAUGCUCCAGAGUCUCAUAUUGGUGUAGCACAAAGACUUAAUAAGGAAAUUGCUGAUUCAGUAAUUUUAGAUCAGUAUCGCAAUGCUGGUAAUCCUGUUGCCCAUUAUGAUACAACAGCUGAAGAGAUUCUAGAACAAUGUGAUGGUAAAUUGGACAUGGUUGUUAUUGGUGCUGGCACAGGUGGUACUGUUACUGGAAUUGCUCGAAAAAUGAAACAAAAAUUACCAAAUUGCAAGAUUGUAGGCGUUGAUCCGUAUGGUUCUAUAUUGGCUGAACCUGAUGAAAUGAAUGAGACAGAUGUGACACUUUAUCAGGUGGAAGGUAUCGGUUAUGAUUUCAUUCCAACGGUAUUGGAUAGGUCUUUAGUUGAUAGCUGGAUAAAAACUGAAGAUAAAGAAUCUUUUUUGAUGUCAAGAAGAUUGAUCAAAGAGGAAGGAUUGCUUUGUGGUGGUUCAAGUGGUACAGCAAUGGUAGCAGCCAUGAAAGCUGCCAAAGUUUUGAAGGAAGGUCAACGUUGUGUUGUCAUUUUACCUGAUUCUGUCAGGAACUACAUGACGAAAUUCCUCAGCGAUGAUUGGAUGAUUGAGCAUAAAUUUAUUGAAUACAUUCCUCAAACUUCUGGGGAAUUAUGGUGGUGGAAGGAAAAAAUCAGCUGUCUUGAUUUGCAACCACUUGUAUCUGUUCUUUCAUCGGUGACAUGUCAACAAGUUAUUGACAUUUGUCACAAGGAAUCUUACGAUCAGCUUCCAGUGAUAGCAGAAAGUGGAAAAAUUCUUGGUGUGGUAACGGUUGGCCGUAUUAUAUCAAAAAUUGUUGGAGGCAUCGCCAGCACUGACAGUUGUAUUGCAGACAUCAUGUACACAUCUUUUAAUAAGGUCACAACUGAUAUGACUUUGGGAGAAUUGUCAAGAUUGUUGGACAGUGAUCAUUUUGUCAUCGUGAUAGUGAAACAAGUUCUUUACACGGGAGAGAAAGCAAAAGUACAAGAAAUUGCGUCUGGUAUUAUCACACGCAUUGAUUUGCUCAAUUUUAUGAGCAACAAUAGAAACGGAAAAAGUGUGCAGCUUUAAAGAAAGCAAGAAAACAAUUAUUUCGUAUUAUAUGAGAUACAAUAUGAAAUUAUCUGUGCGGCUAAAUUGAAUGCUAGAUCUAGAGCUCAGUUUUAAUCACGUUAGAUUUCACGACUGCGUCCGAGUCGACUCAGUCGUGUAUGUCGAAACUCCCCAGUCCAACCAAUCAAAGCCUGGUUCUUAUGUAGGCGUCCAAUUGGUUUCAGUCUCCAUAGUCGUUUCUGUCAGGCAACCCAAAUACCCAAUAGGACAGACCAUUACGACGACUGAAGCGACUUGGACAAAAUUAUAUCAAGCCUUUCUUCAAAAAAUUUUUAUAAUAUUAAUUAUAAUUAAGUUGAGGUAUUUUGUUUACUUUUGUUCAAAAUAUGGAUUGACAUAAAUUGUGUUUAUUUUAAUGAAAUGUACUCUAUAUGUUUGUAAACAAUUAAAUUAGCAUUAGUAGUUUGUCUUAUUAAAAUGUCUAUACAUAA